UCCGGCUACAGGGCUACAGCCAUCGCGAGCUUCGAGCUCUGUCGCUUACGGUCAGAAGCAACUGUGGGAACUCAAAAAAAAAAAAUGUCUACAAUGAAUUAUUUGAGAACAUAAUAAUUGCCUGAAUGUUAAAUUGCGUAAGACAGAUAGUGUUUUCGUUUCUACAAAUUGUCAGCAAUCUACAAAAUUAUUUCAACAAAACUUUUACUGAACAUUAAAAUGCAUGCGCAUUCAAAAUAAGAUUCCCAACUCAUAAACCACGCAUGCCCCGGAUUGAUCUGAUCCAUUCAAUUUAACGAGUCGGUCUCUGAUUUCUCUCCUUUCCUUGGCGGAGACGGCGCCGGUGUCAAACCAAUAGGACUCCACCCGCCCGCCCCGACGGCUCCACAACCGUCCGGGCCGCCGCCGGCGAAACCCUAAGCCAGCCACCCGAUCAACAGCUCAUCGGACCGGCGUAGGCAAUGGGAGAGUGCGCUCCUACGGCGGCGGCGCCGACGACCGCGAAGACGUCGGUGUGGUGGGACAUCGACAAGUGCGCGGUGCCCCGCGGCCGCUGCGACCCGCACCGCAUCGCCCACAACCUCAUCGCCGCGCUCGCCGCCGCGGGGUACGCGGGCCCCGUCUCGAUCGCCGCCUACGGCGACGCCGCCCGCGUCCCCCCGCCCGUCCUGGCAGCGCUUUCCGCCACCGGCAUCUGCCUCAACCAUGUCCCCACCGGGAGCAAGGACACAAGUGAGAAGAGAAUGCUUGUUGACAUGUUGUUCUGGGCAUUCGACAAUCCUCCACCGGGAAAUUACCUGCUUAUCUCAGGCGAUCAGGAUCUCUCUGAUCUCCUUCACAGGCUUAGGAUGAAGCGUUAUGAUAUACUGCUAGUACGACCUCCCAAUGCAUCAUCUCAGGCGCUUGCGGCGGCAGCUAAGAAGAUUUGGCUCUGGGAAAACCUUACAGCAGGAGAGCUGCUGCUACCAGAGCCGGCGCCUGCAAGAAGUGUGUUAGGCUGCAAGCUGAACGUGAAUAGUUCGGAUACAUUGAAGUGCUCACAAAGUAAAGUUUGUUCUGAAGAUGGUAAAGGUGAUAGUAAUGUAAAGGCAGGUAACCUAAAUAGAGUGAAACCUCUGCUACCAGAGCCGGCGCCUGCAAGAAGUGUGUUAGGCUGCAAGCUGCACGUGAAUAGUUCAGAUACAUUGAAGUGCUCACAAAGUAAAGUUUGUUCUGAAGAUGGUAAAGGUGAUAGUAAUGUAAAGGCAGGUAACCAAAAUAGAGUGAAACCUCUUCAAAAGUAUGUAAAGAAGGCAAGUAAUUCAUCUACUCCUGCAAUUACUCAAGAUCGAGUAGCGCCAGCUGGUGGAGUUUCUGAAAGUUAUAUAAGAAGCGCAUCGAGUGAGACAGACCAUAUUUCUGCUUCAUCAUUAUCAUCAUCAAGAUCUGACUCACCGGAAUGUGCAAAGGUGGCUACCUCAGUUCCACUGGAAGUCCCUACUCUGUCCAAGUUGUCAUCUCAGAAAUCUGUGUUCUCUACUCAUUCGCAACAAGUGGAACCAACACACAGAUCCGUCCCUGGUGAGAAACCUAGCAUAUCGUCCGAGCGGGUGCCAAGAAGUGCAACUCUUGAUCUUGGUGCUAGUAAUGGUCAUUAUGAUGGAACGUCUCAGCAUUUAAGAUAUUCCGAAGCACAGAAUAAGCUUCAUUCUGAGUUUACAACAGAUGGUAAUAAGGGAAAGGCAGUCAAUCGAGCUGGGGUGAAGCCAUUUCAGAAGUAUGUAAAGAAGACAAAUUCCACAUUUGUCUCUGCAAACAAGCAAGUUGGUUCAGUUGGAGUUCAUGAACGUCCUAUAGGAAAUAGUACAAUUGGGCUAGACCAAGCUUCUAAUUCAUCAUUGUCAACUUCUACUCUGUCCCAUUCAUCAGCUCAAAAACCUGUAGCUUCUGCUCAUUGGCAUCAAGUGAAAGCACCACAUAAGUCCAUCCUUGGUAAGAAGCCUAGCACAUCAGUUGAGCAAGUGAAAGCGCCACAUGAGUACAUCUUUGGUGAGCCUAGCACAUCAGUUGAGCAAGCAAGAGUACCACAUAAGUCCGUCCUUGCUAAUAAGCCUAUCACAUCAGCUGAGGAUGCGUCAAGAAAUGGAGCUCAGGUUUUUGAUGUUAGUACUGCCAAUUAUCAUCCAGAACAUCAGCAAACCCAAUCUUCUGAAGCACAGAAUAAGCUCCCCUCUCAUUCCAAUAUCGGUGAUAGUAGUGGAAAGUUAGAAAAUGAACACAAGGUCGAUAAAGAUCAAGCCCAUGUAAGUUGGAUAAAUGUUUCAUCAGCUUUGGCAAGCAAUGAAAUAAAUGCAUCUAAUGGACUUCUUGAUAAUUCUAAAGGGAGCUUUUUGAGCUAUCCAAGUCAGUCUUUGUCAGCAAUAUCAAGCUCUAAGUCACUUGAGAGCGCAAAGGUGAAUGACUCAAGUCCGCUGUUAUUAGCUCAUAAAUCUUUAAUGACUGAUCAUUUGGAUCAAGAUGGAGCAGCAUCUGCUUUUCGUAACAACACUAGCACAUCAUUUCAGUGCACAGCCAAAAAUGGAACUUUUGUUUUUGGUGUUAGUAGUGGCCACUACCAUCCCACAAACCAGCAAUCCCACUCUUCUGUACUACCGGAGCAACAUAAUUCAGGUACUCAUCCUCAUAUAUUGUCACGUAGAGGCAGCUCUGCGCCGGUAUCAGUAGCACAUAAUGGAGUUUCUUCUGCAGAAAUACAAACAUGGUCCAGUGGCUCAACUUUUGAUGGUUUGGAUUAUAUUUGCAAUGGUUUUAGUAGACUGAAUAUUUCUGAAUGCCCUAGAGGAACUGCUGAGACCAGGGCACCUUUCCAAUGUGCACCUACCAAUGAUGCUUCUAUGGGAAUGCCUGAUAUUUAUGGACAUCGUACUGGUUUUCACGAGAGCAGGUCAUCUUUUCACUUUGGUUCUAACACCAGCAGCUAUCUGAAUCACUCUAGUUAUCCUCAGAGUAGCCAUCCUCCAUGCAGCGAUACUUGCGGAGGUGGUCACCAACUUAAUCUAUCCAGUGACAUGCAAAGUUAUGGACAUUCUGGAGAUAAGCCAGGAUAUCCGCCAAAUUCCCCUAAGAACGAAGAUACUACAGGAAUAAUAUUACAUGCUUUGGGCACACUGAAGACUGAAAAGAUAUUCCCAACAGAAUCAAAUAUUGCAGACUGCAUAUGUUAUGGAGAGAUGAAUUUAACAGGUUUUGAUGUUAAAAAGGCUCUUGAACUGGCCAUUCGACAUGAAGCUGUUGUUAUGAAGAAGUUACUACACGAUAUGCCACUAUUUGUUGCAAAAGAUGAGAACCUCUGGAAAUGUGUGAAUGUAACAAAUAGCAAAGCAAAGAAUCCCAUAGAGGAGCUAGAGAUGGUUCAUAAGUACAUAUCAACCACUGUUGGCUAUUCAGGAAUAAAGAACUCUCAAUCAAGGUACCAUGCUGCAAUGAUCUUGAAGAGAUCAUGCUUGCAGCACUGUGCCCUCGGCGAUAUUCUCCAGGUUCUCCAUAUCAUAGUUGUUAGGAAGAAGUGGAUUGUGCCCCAUUCUUCAGGGUGGCAGCCACUGUCCAUAAACACAACAGCAGAUAUGGCAAGUACUGAUGCUACAGGAAAAGUUAAGUCUUGAUUCGUUUCCUAUGCUCAUGUCGGAUGGAUAUUUUGAUGUGCUGGUGAGUGGCAGAUAGAAAAUGUCUUUGAGAUCCACAUUUAUCUAGAGGUUUUUGGGAUGUUACAUUAUGAUCUUUGUUCUAGCCAUCAGAUCCCACCUGACCACCAGAGUGGUUUGGAGCUGGACCAAGCUUGUGUGCCAAGGAGAGCUGUGCAUAGCCUGCUGGUUCUGCCCCCAAAUAAUACGGAGCAACCUCGGGUACCAUGUUCUGUUUAGUUUUGACAUUUUGUAAUGGCAGAUGAGCAAGAUAUAGGAAUACAAAAGGGGACUUUUGGUGUGUGUCUUCAGUGGCACUGGCACAAUUGUGCCUGAGGGUAAAUUUUGAGCUUGAAAAGCUGUUCUGAUAGUUCUUUCUCGCUGAAGUGACUGUUCUGAAGGCAAGGUAGCUUGCGCAGCCAGAGAAGCUGCUGCUACCUGUUGUCACAUGAAGGUGCUGCUGACCUGCUUCAAGAAGUGUGGCUUCGUGGCCCCCUUCAGUCUUCAGGCAGUGUCAUCUGAGUACUGUUACAACUGUUUGCAAAGUACAAUACCUCAGCUCCACCUUUCUCAGAGUGAUGCAAAAUUCUCUGAUGCACUCAA